AUGAACUCCUACACGCAAGGUAAGAUGAUACUCAUCCCACCUCUCUCCCGUAUCAACUCAUCCCACCUCUCUCCCGUAUCAACUCAUCCCACCUCUCUCCCGUAUCAACUCAUCCCACCUCUCUCCCGUAUCAACUCAUCCCACCUCUCUCCCGUAUCAACUCAUCCCACCUCUCUCCCAGUCAUCAGCUCAUCCCACCUCUCUCCCAGUCAUCAGCUCAUCCCACCUCUCUCCCAGUCAUCAACUCAUCCCACCUCUCUCCCGUAUCAACUCAUCCCACCUCUCUCCCGUAUCAACUCAUCCCACCUCUCUCCCAGUCAUCAGCUCAUCCCACCUCUCUCCCAGUCAUCAGCUCAUCCCACCUCUCUCCCAGUCAUCAACUCAUCCCACCUCUCUCCCAGUCAUCAACUCAACCCACCUAUCUCCCAGUCAUCAACUCAUCCCACCUCUCUCCCAGUCAUCAGCUCAUCCCACCUCUCUCCCAGUCAUCAGCUCAUCCCACCUCUCUCCCAGUCAUCAGCUCAUCCCACCUCUCUCCCAGUCAUCAACUCAUCCCACCUCUCUCCCAGUCAUCAGCUCAUCCCACCUCUCUCCCAGUCAUCAACUCAUCCCACCUCUCUCCCAGUCAUCAACUCAUCACACCUCUCUCCCAGUCAUCAACUCAUCCCACCUCUCUCCCAGUCAUCAACUCAUCCCACCUCUCUCCCAGUCAUCAACUCAUCCCACCUCUCUCCCAGUCAUCAGCUCAUCCCACCUCUCUCCCAGUCAUCAGCUCAUCCCACCUCUCUCCCAGUCAUCAGCUCAUCACACCUCUCUCCCAGUCAUCAACUCAUCCCACCUCUCUCCCAGUCAUCAACUCAUCUCACCUCUCUCCCAGUCAUCAGCUCAUCCCACCUCUCUCCCAGUCAUCAGCUGAUCCCACCUCUCUCCCAGUCAUCAGCUCAUCCCACCUCUCUCCCAGUCAUCAACUCAUCCCACCUCUCUCCCAGUCAUCAACUCAUCCCACCUCUCUCCCAGUCAUCAACUCAUCCCACCUCUCUCCCAGUCAUCAACUCAACCCACCUCUCUCCCAGUCAUCAGCUCAUCCCACCUCUCUCCCAGUCAUCAGCUCAUCCCACCUCUCUCCCAGUCAUCAACUCAUCCCACCUCUCUCCCAGUCAUCAGCUCAUCCCACCUCUCUCCCAGUCAUCAGCUCAUCCCACCUCUCUCCCAGUCAUCAACUCAUCCCACCUCUCUCCCACUCAUCCCACCUCUCUCCCAGUCAUCAGCUCAUCCCACCUCUCUCCCAGUCAUCAGCUCAUCCCACCUCUCUCCCAGUCAUCAGCUCAUCCCACCUCUCUCCCAGUCAUCAACUCAUCCCACCUCUCUCCCAGUCAUCAACUCAUCCCACCUCUCACCAAGUCAUCAACUCAUCCCACCUCUCUCCAAGUCAUCAACUCAUCCCACCUCUCUCCCAGUCAUCAGCUCAUCCCACCUCUCUCCCAGUCAUCGACUCAUCCCACCUCUCACCAAGUCAUCAACUCAUCCCACCUCUCUCCCAGUCAUCAACUCAUCCCACCUCUCUCCCAGUCAUCGACUCAUCUCACCCCUCUCUCUCAUCAGCUCAUCUCAACCCCUCCUCCUACAUCAACUCACCCCUCUUAG